AUGGAGGGUGAAAUCAGCAAUUUCAUAAGCAUAUUGCUUCAAGUAAUAGCAUCUCUGUGUUACUGUUACAUGAUUGGGAAGAAUGUCCCAAAAGGCUUGCCAACACUGUUGGCAAUACUACCAACCCUCAUGCUCUUCCUGACUCUUCCUCUCCACCUCCAAACAAUGCAUCUCGUAGGCAUUCUCUCUUUCUUCAUCUCUUGGCUUGCCAACUCAAAGCUCUUGCUCUUUGCCUUUGACAAGGGUCCUCUAUCGGAUCCAUCUAUGUCCCUCAAACAUUUCCUAGUGGUGGCCUCCUUCCCCGUCAAGAUAAAGUCUAAAAACGACACCAGAACCACCUCGCCCCGCCAUAAAUCGCCAUGGAGUUGCAUCAUAAAGGGAAUAAUAUUCGCAGGGGUGCUAACAACUUACAAGUUCGGUGACUACAUCCCCACUAUAAUACUAUAUUCUCUCUAUUGCAUGCAUGUUUAUCUCUGUCUCGAAAUCAUACUAGCAUUGGUUUCGGUCCUGGUUCGAACCCUUCUUGGGGUUCAGCCCGAUCCACAUUUCAACGAGCCUUACCUCUCUUCCUCCCUCCAAGACUUUUGGAGCCGAAGGUGGAACCUUGCCGUGACCAACAUCCUCCGACUAACAUUUUUCGAGCCCACAUACCGCCUUGUGAUGCCUAUUCUUGGGCCCAAGAUCGCUCCAUUCCCUGCAGUGUUCGUUACUUUUCUUGCCUCUGGGCUGAUUCAUGAGCUCAUAUUCUACUACUUGGGCCGUGCUAAGCCCACUUGGGAAAUAACUUGCUUCUUCGUGCUUCAUGGGCUUUGUAUACUCCUGGAGGUGUUUUGUAAGAGGAAACUUGCCAACAAGUUACGGUUACCAAGAAUGGUGUCGGGGCCUCUCACCCUCGGCUUUGUUAUGGUAACUGCCUUUUGGUUGUUUUUCCCUCAGCUUCUCCGCUGCAACGGUGUCCAAAGGGCACUUCAGGAGUUCCAUGCCGUCGGAAACUUUCUCAAAGAUACUUUGUCGCUAUGCUUUGAUGCACUUACCUCCACCCUCCUCGCAAUGAUUUAG